GCGGGCGGCGUCAGUCCGCGCUGGCGGGAGAUGCGAAGGGGCUGAGCGGGUAGACAGGCUGCUCUUCUCUCCCGUGCCGCUCGCCCGCAGCCUGCGCCGGUCCCUCGCCGCCCGGUUCUCCCUCCAGCCUUCCUAAGGACACUCCGUGUCAUGUCCUUCCGCCAGAGGAGCCCGCACGGCGGCACCGAGAGCAGCCCUCAGCCUCCGCCUCGCUGGUCCCAAGGAAGGAAACGUGGUGCGGAUGGGAAGCGGAGAAAGCAGAAUGAGCCCGAUUCAUCCGUUUUUGAGGAAGAAAAGUACAGACCUGACAGCAGACUGGACAGUUUUACAACACCAGAAGGCCCUGGACCCCUUUCCCGGAGUUCAGACUGGGGAACUGCAGUGGAAGAAGAUGAAAUGAGGACCAGUGUUAACAAAGAAAUUGCCAGAUACAGAAGAAAACUUCUGAUAAAUGAAUUUACAAGAGAAAGGAAGUCCUCCUCUGGAAGUUCUGAUUCAAAAGAGUCCACUGUGACAGUAGAACUUGAGACAGAUGAAGUGGUUUUGAUGAGAAGACAAAAACAGAUAAACUACGGAAAAAACACAAUCGCCUAUGAUAGAUACAUUAAAGAAGUUCCUAGAUGCCAUCGUAUACCAGGAGUUCAUCCCAGAACUCCAAAUAAAUUUAAGAAGUACAGCCGUAGGUCAUGGGACCAGCAAAUUAAACUAUGGAAAGUUGCAUUGCAUUCCUGGGAUCCGCCUACUGAAGAAGGAUGUGAUCUGCAAGAAAUUAGUCCUGUUGACCUUGGUGAGAUGGAGACAGAAUCUGUUGGAAGUAAUUCUACUGAAUCUCAAACGAGCUGUCAAGAUAAUGAUGAUACCUGUGCUGGCAUUGUCACCAAAGUCAGACAUGUUGAUUAUCAAGCAGAAGGUGAAUUUGACUUGGAAGUGUGUUUAAGUGAGCCACUUAAAGAUUUUGAUACUGUGAGUUAAAUAGUGUUGUGCAAGCUGUUUUAGAGGAAGUUUAUUUUAAAAUUUGAAAAGUUAGCUUGAAUCAUAAACUGUUAAGAGUAAGAAAGCUUAAGCAAAGUUGAAGACUGUUCUCUGUUGUGGUUGGUCUACAUAAUUUCUGAACAAAACUUAUGUAAAAAUACAAUUAAGUUGUGUGACUUCUGUUUAACUUUUAAUUUAUGUAUAUGAGAUUUUUUUAAUGAAAGCUUCUAAUAAUAAAACUAGCCAAAGGCAGUACUGUCUUCAAGUAAUUAAAAUUAGUUCAGCAAGAUUUUACUGAUACCCUUCCCCCACCCCUGCCAUUGUGUCCAAAAUUUCAGUUGUCCACCUGCAGACCAAGAGCAAAGGGAGAUAUUUUUGAGCAUCUAUAUGUUACCUUGCUUUUUCAUCUGGCUCUUCUACAAAGAUCUGACUUGAAGUAAUAUGAGUGGUAACUAAACUAUACUGCUCAUUUUUACCAGUAAACUCACUCCUGCAAUAAUUUACUGUAAGAUUAACUGCCUCACCUUUUAGAAAAAUAAUUUCUUUAUUUGCAAAAAUGUUUCAAAAACAAUUGGGAAAUGAAAUACUUUCAAGAAAUUGGAAUUCAAUAUGGUGUAGCCUAGGCGAUAACGCUUUAAGAAGCAGUAGCCUGAAUUUGAAAUUUGUAAAUAGUCAGGAGUCAUUUGUUAAUACAGUCAAGAAAACAAUGUCUAGGGAAAGUGCUUGUUUCUUCUGUUUUUCUGAUUUUUAAAUGUAAAACUGUUGUAAAUGAUAACGCUGUACAGAUUUUCUGCUGAAAGCAGUCAGUGUUUCUUUUGCUUUUGUAUGAGUUGUUGUUGGAAAAUAAAUCGAAUUGCAUUUACUUACAA